CUGGCUCUGCUUGGUUCCCGCCCCGCCCCCCUAUGCUCUUCGAUUGGUCAAGCCCCUCUACGCUCCACCCUCUCCCCGACCUGGACCGCGUCGGAUUGGCUGGAACAUGUGUCGGGUUGGGCACUUCGGUCGCGGGCACUAGCCCCCGGGAUGUGAGCAAUCAGGGGUGGUUGAGGCGUAAGUGAAGUCUUGGCCGGAGUUUGCCUCUUGCCAGGAAUCCCGCGGCGGAGGCGGCGGCGGCGGCUCCGGCUCUGGCUCCAGCUCCGGCUCCUCUUGGUGGAGCGGAGCGGGAUCACAUCUCUUCCCCUGGCGUGGGCGGACGAAGGGACCAAGGCUCUUGGAGCCCAGUGCAGCGGUGGGGCAGCCCUCAAUUCCCGGGGACAGUUACUUGUGACAACACAGUGCCUUGGCUAUGAACACUUCAAAUCCAAGUUCUCUGCCAGAGGUUAUAAGAAGAAUGAUCACUUGUCAGAAUAAAUGACUGCAAACAAGAAAAACGGACCACUGAAAGAAAACAAAAUCUUAAAUAUAAGCCUGGCUUAUGAAAAAACAGAUUGCACUCUUUGGCUUAGAAUGGGUACUACCAAUGAUGAAAUUGCUUCUAUGGAACAGAACUCUUCCUUAAAUCCUUUAUGUUUUGAAUGUGGUCAGCAACAUUGGACCAGAGAAAAUCAUUUAUACAAUUAUCAGAAUGAGGUGGAUGAUGAUCUGGUCUGUCAUAUUUGCCUUCAGCCCCUGCUACAGCCAUUAGAUACCCCUUGUGGACACACAUUCUGCUACAAGUGCCUAAGGAACUUUUUACAGGAAAAAGAUUUCUGUCCAUUGGAUCGGAAAAGACUCCAUUUUAAGCUGUGUAAGAAAUCCAGUAUUCUGGUUCAUAAGCUCUUAGAUAAACUGUUAGUUCUAUGUCCCUUUUCUUCAGUAUGCCAAGAUGUAAUGCAGCGUUGUGACCUAGAGGCACAUCUUAAAAACAGAUGUCCUGGAGCUUCCCGUCGGAGAGUUGCUCUAGAGAGAAGGAAAACUAGCAAAUUAAAAACUGAAAUUGAGAAUGAAAAUGGAUCCAAUGUAACAGAUCACCCAGGUACUUCAUCACCAGACAAUACUGGGAUAGUAACAGUGCCAACAGAGCGGAACUUGACAUCAACAUCUCUUCCUAUGUGGACAGAUGAGCCUGGCCUUGACAACCCUGCAUUUGAGGAAAACACAGUAGCAGACACUUCACAACCACCACCUAGUUUACCAGAAGGGGAGAUUACAACAAUUGAAAUUCAUCGAUCUAAUCCUUACAUUGAAUUGGGUAUUAGUAUUGUGGGUGGCAAUGAAACACCUUUGAUCAACAUUGUUAUCCAAGAAGUUUAUAGAGAUGGCAUAAUUGCAAGAGAUGGAAGACUCCUUGCUGGAGACCAGAUACUUCAGGUCAACAACUUUGACAUCAGCAAUGUGUCUCAUAAUUAUGCCAGAGCUGUUCUUUCCCAGCCUUGCAGUGUGCUGCACCUUACUGUGCUUCGGGAGAGGCGGUUUGGCAGUCGAACCUAUAACCAUUCUGAUAAUAAUUCCUUACGAGAAGAGAGCUUCCAUGUGAUCCUUCAUAAGCGGGAUUCUAAUGAACAGCUUGGAAUUAAAUUAGUACGAAGAACAGAUGAGCCAGGAGUUUUUAUUCUUGAUCUGUUGGAAGGAGGACUGGCAGCCCAGGAUGGCAGGCUCAGUAGCAAUGACCGAGUACUUGCCAUCAAUGGACAUGACCUGAAACAUGGAACACCUGAGCUUGCUGCUCAGAUUAUCCAGGCUAGUGGAGAGAGAGUGAAUUUAACAAUUUCAAGACCAGGGAAACCACAGCCCAACAGUACUAACAGGGAACCAGGAACUCAUAACAGCAGCCAGCACCAGGCACAGCAACUGUAUCAUAGCAGACCCAGCUCACAUAAGGAUCUCUCUCAAUGUGUUACAUGCCAAGAAAAGCACAUUACUGUGAAGAAGGAACCACAUGAAUCCCUUGGAAUGACAGUAGCUGGAGGCAGGGGAAGUAAGAGUGGUGAAUUGCCAAUUUUUGUGACCAGUGUACCCCCUCAUGGCUGUCUUGCAAGAGAUGGCAGAAUUAAACGAGGCGAUGUGUUGCUGAACAUCAAUGGCAUUGAUUUGACUGAUUUAAGUCAUAGUGAGGCAGUUGCUGUGUUGAAAGCCAGUGCUGCUUCCCCAGCUGUUACUCUCAAAGCUCUAGAAGUCCAGAUUGUUGAAGAACAAACCCAGCCUAAUGAAGAACAACCAAGUACAAUCAGUGAAAAUGAGUAUGAUGCCAGUUGGUCUCCAUCAUGGGUCAUGUGGCUUGGACUUCCAAGUGUUCUUCAUAGUUUCCAUGAUGUUGUUCUACGAAGAAGCAACUUGGGAAGUUGGGGUUUUAGUAUUGUUGGUGGAUAUGAAGAAAAUCACACAAAUCAACCUUUUUUCAUUAAAACAAUCGUCCUGGGAACCCCAGCUUACUAUGAUGGAAGAUUAAAGUGUGGUGACAUGAUUAUUGCUGUGAAUGGGCUGUCUACUCUGGGUAUGAGCCAUUCAGCACUCGUUCCCAUGCUGAAGGAGCAAAGGAACAAGGUUACUCUGACGGUGAUUUGUUGGCCUGGAAGCCUUGUAUAGAUUUGUGACGUUAGUUCUACUUCAGGAAUCUUCCAUUCUCACAGUUUCUAAAAAAAAAACAAACUUUGUUUUGUAUUUGUGUUUUUUCCUUCCCUAAGUCAUUGACACAGCUAGUGAUAAGCAAGGCCCAGAACUGUUAUUUUGGAUGAUUUUUAUUUAUCUUUUAUUUUAAUUUAAAGAACUUAAUUCACCUUCCCACAUUUGUCUUUCAGCUUUAAAAAAAAAAAAAAAAAACUAGUUCCACUAAACCCUAGUUUAUUUUCUAAAAUUUCACACUCUCAAAAGUUAGAUUGUGGCCUUUAACUGUGAACGAAACCUUCCCAAGAUUUGGACGUAACCAAUUGCAUCAUAGGAUUUUUUUAUUUCUCUUUGCUAUUUUAAAAAUUAAAUUGUAAAAUAAAUCUGUUUGUCUUUAUGGUGAAGAUUCAUACCAGUCAUACUUAACAAAACUAUAAAUGCUGUGUCAUUUGUUAGAAUCAGUAUUGUGAAGGGACAUAAUUUUAAUUUUUGUCAACACCAAUUCCUAAUUUCAUUGGUGCCAACAUUUCAAAGAUUGGUCUUAUUAGAUGGAUUUCUAGGCCCAUUUAUUUCUAACUUCACUCUGUUGGUGUUCAGAAUGAAGAAGAUACAGGCCUAGUAAUCCUAAAGAGUUUUUUAAUAAUGUGCAAUAUAUGGAAUAGUAGAAAAUAAUUAGGGGAUAUUAUGCUCACUAAUGAAAAAGAAAUUAACAAAUAAAUAUAGGUUUAGUUGUUGUAGAAGUUGUGUUUAAGCUAAAAACCAAAACCUUUAGUAGGUAACUUUCCCCAAAAAAUGAUUUAUUACAUAGGAAAAUUUUGAUGAAAACAUUUUUGCUAUAAUUAUUUCUAGAGUUUAUAUUAGUUAUCAGUAACCUAAUGAAGAAACAUUUUUGUGACUUAAGUAAUUAAACACAGUUGAACUUUCUUAAAGAGAAACUACAUUUAUAAAAGCAUAUGCCACAGUUAAGUGAAAGAGACCAUUUCAUUUUAAUCUAAUUGAAUCCCGAGUGAGUUUUUCCUAUUAUUUAUUCCUUAAACUGAAAAAUUAAAUACUACAAUACCAGAGAAAUCUACCAUGUACCUGAGUUUUAUGAGCUUUUUUUUGUUGUUAAAAUCUUUCAGAUAUUGAACCAGACACUUUUAUUUCAUUAAGUUUUUUAAUUGACUAUAAAAAUACAGUUAACUUUUUUCUUUUAUACAACAUAGAUAUCCUUUGAAGAAAUAUAUAAAAUGGUGAAGAAAUAUAUAAAAUAUAUUUCUAAGUUGGAAAUAAACCCUGUACAUUUGUUAAUGUUAUACAUACUUGAAAAAGAGUUUCAAUUAGAAACUUAGUUCAGAACCUGAGCUAAUUUACAAGUGACCUCUGUAUUGUAAUGAAUGGUAUUAAUUAUCAGAGAAUGUAUUUCAAAAUUGCUACAGGACAUCGUGAAGCAUGAACCGAAUUUUAAAGUUCAGCAAUUACAUUGCUGGGGUAUAAACUGUCUAUAGUAUACAACUGAUUAUUCUAGCUACUUUUGAAAUAAUUUUUAAAAAUCUAUUUGGCGCCAAUAAAUUGCCAUUAUCUCAUUCAUCACUAUAGUGGCCCUGGUCAGUACACAUCCAGGAAACAAUAGAAUGUUCCUCUCAUACAGUAUAUUACUGUUGCAUGAUUAUUGGCUUUUGAAGCAAUCUGAUAGUGAAAUACUUUGAUAUUCUAUUUGACAUGCAACAAGUUUCUUCUUGCUUCCCAAAAUAGAAUUUUGUAAUCUACUUUGCAUUUUUUAAAUAUUUUAUAAAAAUAAAUCAUCUCUUGGGGGAGUUGCUACCAGCCAGUAUCUUGACAUAAGCUUUACCAGAUGUAAAGUGCUACAGGUUAAUUAGAUGAUAUAGGCUUUAGUAUCUUGAGAGGAGAGAAAAAAAAAAUCUUUUCCAGCAUUUUUUUAUCACAAAAAAUAUAUAUUCUGUCUUGCACAAUAGAUAUUAUUGCAAAAGAUGUAACUUUUGUUCAGAAUGAUAUUUGGUGAUGGAAACUUGUUCAUAAUUUAUUCUCAUCACUGAAAGUAUCUUUUCCCCUUUAAGAUCUUAUAGUUAGAUAGUUUUGUUUGUUCUUCUGUGCCUUCAGUUUAAAUUAUUUCAAGAUUUUUCAAAUGUUCUUAAAUAAUGGUGUGAUGAUUUCCAUUAAGGAUGGAAAUAAAAGUCAUCUUGCUCAUAUUCGUGGCAUCUGUCUCCUUUCUUUAACAAGAUAUAUUCAGUAUUAUUGUUCUAUGAGAAAUGAUCGGCAGGAUGAUUUCAGAAAGGCCUGGAGAGACUUACAUGAACUGAUGCUAAGUGAAAUGAGUAGAACCAGGAGAUCAUUAUACACGACAGCAACCAGAUUAUAGGAUGAUCAAUUCUGAAGAACGUGGCUCUUUUACAACAAUGAGAUGAUUCAGACCAGUUCCAACGAUCUUGUGAUGGAGAGAAUCACCUGCACCCAAAGAGAGGACAGUGGGAACUGUGUGGAUCACAAUAUAGCACUUUUACUCUUUGUUGCUGGGGGUUUUUUUUUUUUUUUUGCAUUUUAUUUUCUUUCUCUUUUUUAUCUGAUUUUUCUUGUGCAGCAAGAUAAUUGUAUAUAAUGCAAUUUAAAAUCAUAUUUUCAUAUUUGAUUAUUAAAUGUAUGUGAAUUUAAUCUCUCUACCUUUUUAAAUCCACUCCCCUUUGACAAAACAACGACUCAACCUGGAGGAGUGCUACAGAAAAUCUCUUGGCUCUAGUCAUUUUCUCCAGAUGUCCCCCAUACCUUGGGUACUGUCCCUCUUCAUCUCUGCUUAUUGGCUUCCUUUAAAUCCCAAUUAAAAUCCCAUCUUCUGCAGGAAGUUGUCUUAAUUCCAGUGCCUUCCUCUUUUUAGUUAUUUUCUACUAUUCUCCAUAUAGCUUAUUUGUUCAUAGUUCUUUGUGUUGUCUCCAUUAAGUCAUGAGUUUCUUGAGAGCUGGAACUGUCUUUUUUUUAUUUGUGUCCUUAGUGCUUAGUAUAAUGCCUGACACAUCUUAGGCAUUUAAUAAAUACUGACUGACUUGAUUGACUUUGUAAAAAUUCAUUCAUCAUUAAAUUUCAUAUGACAGAUGA